AAAAAGAAAAAAAAAAGCACCCAAACCAAAAAUUAACCAACCAAACAACCCCCAACAGCCAAGCAUACAUCUCUAUUUUUUUAUUUUGGUCUUUUCGUUGGAUUUUCCCUUCUUUUUUUUUUCUCUCCUUUUUUUUUUCGGGUUAUCGCUCAGUUUUGAGCGAAGGUUUACAUUUUUUAAAAAUUUGCUUUCCAGCCCGCCUUGAUCUUCUAGCACGAGUUCAUCGUCUCAAAAAAAAAAAAAAAAAAUCUCUGGCUGGCGUUUUUCUUUCCUUUUUUUUUUUUUUUUUCAAUAUUUUCAAGGGGGAGGAGAUUUUCCACAAGAAAAGGUUGUUUUCAUGUUUGGGAUUCAGGAAAGCAUCCAACGGAGUGGAAGCAGCAUGAAGGAAGAGCCGCUGGGCAGCGGCAUGAACGCGGUGCGGACGUGGAUGCAGGGCGCCGGGGUGCUGGACGCCAACACGGCGGCGCAGAGCGGGGUGGGUCUGGCCCGGGCUCACUUUGAGAAGCAGCCGCCUUCCAAUCUGCGGAAAUCCAACUUCUUCCACUUCGUCCUGGCCCUCUACGACAGACAGGGCCAGCCCGUGGAGAUCGAGAGGACAGCCUUUGUGGGGUUCGUGGAGAAGGAAAAAGAAGCCAACAGCGAAAAGACCAAUAACGGGAUUCACUACCGGCUCCAGCUCCUCUACAGCAAUGGGAUAAGGACGGAGCAAGAUUUCUACGUGCGCCUCAUUGACUCCAUGACAAAACAAGCCAUAGUGUAUGAAGGCCAAGACAAGAACCCAGAAAUGUGCCGAGUCUUGCUCACACACGAGAUCAUGUGCAGCCGCUGUUGUGACAAGAAGAGCUGUGGCAACCGAAAUGAGACUCCCUCAGAUCCAGUGAUAAUUGACAGAAAACAGUGUGUAGCCAAUGUUGGUCUCUUAAGAGAGGAGUAUUUUAAAACCGGCUGA